CCCACUCCCAGGUCCAGGAUGGUUAAGGGUGGCUUGAGGUUCUGUCUGGUCUUCGUCCUGCUCCCAUGCUGGGCCCACGCAGAGCUGUAUACACCCAUCCAUCAGGCUGGCUACUGCGCUUUCUACGAUGAGUGUGGCAAGAACCCUGAGCUGUCUGGCAGUGUGCUCCCUCUGUCCAACGUCUCUUGCCUGUCCAACACACCGGCCCGCCCAGUGACAGGCUCGCACCUGGCCAGUCUCCAGCGCGUCUGCCCUCGUCUCUACAACGGCCCCAAUACCACCUAUGCGUGCUGCUCCCUCAAGCAGCUGCUGUCCUUGGAGCGAAGCAUGAUGGUCACCAAGGCCCUCCUGUCCCGUUGUCCCGCCUGUGCCGACAACUUCGUCAGCCUGCACUGUCAAAACACUUGCAGCCCCAACCAGAGCCUCUUUAUCAAUGUGACACGUAUCUCCAAGCUCGCCAAUGGGCAGGAUUCAGCAGUGCUGGCCUAUCAGGCUUUCUACCAGCGCAGCUUUGCCGAGCAGGCCUAUGAUUCCUGCAGCCGCGUUCGCAUCCCUGCAGCCGCUACGCUGGCCGUGGGCACCAUGUGUGGCGUGUAUGGCUCUGCUCUGUGCAAUGCCCAGCGCUGGCUCAAUUUCCAGGGAGACACCAGCAAUGGUCUGGCUCCAUUGGACAUCACCUUUCUCCUCCUGGACUCUAGCCCGGCCCCUGGGGCUGGCAUCCAGCUUCUGAACGCGGAAAUUGUGAGCUGCAAUACAUCCCAGGAAUCUGGUGCUGCGGCCUGCUCGUGCCAGGACUGUGCCGCAUCGUGUCCCGUCAUUAUGCGCCCCCAAUCUCUGGACUCCACUUUCCGCCUGGGCCGGAUGGCGGGGGACCUGGCCCUGGUGAUCAUCCUCUGCUCCGUCUUCGCUAUCCUUGUUGUCUUCCUUGUGGGAACCCGCCUUCGCUGCGGUAGGGACAAGGGCAAGGUGGCAGACCCGGGUGUGCAUACAAGCUUCUUCGACAGGCUCAGCCUCUCCACCCACAGGUUCCUGGGCCAGCUCUUCCAGACCUGGGGCACAUGGGUGGCCUCAUGGCCACUGACCAUCCUAGGGGUGUCCAUUGCUGUGGUGCUGGCUUUGUCAGGGGGCCUGGCCUUCAUGGAACUCACCACUGACCCUGUGGACCUGUGGUCAGCCCCGAACAGCCAGGCCCGACGGGAGAAGGAGUUCCACGACCAGCACUUUGGCCCCUUUUUCCGAACCAACCAGGUGAUCCUGACGGCACCUGGCAGGACCAGCUACGGUUAUGACUCCCUGAUGCUGGGGCCCAAGAACUUCAGUGGGAUCUUGGCCCUGGACCUGCUGCUGGAGCUGCUGGAGCUUCAGGAGAGGCUGCGGCAGCUGCAGGUGUGGUCCCCUCGGGAGCAGCGCAACAUCUCUCUCCGAGACGUCUGCUAUGCCCCGCUCAACCCUCACAAUGCCAGUCUUUCAGACUGCUGUGUCAACAGCCUGCUGCAGUACUUCCAGAACAAUCGAUCGCAGCUGUUGCUCACGGCCAACCAGACGCUCCUGGGCCAGACCUCCCAGGUGGACUGGAGGGAUCACUUCCUGUACUGUGUCAACGCUCCACUUACCUUCAAGGAUGGCACAGCCCUGGGCCUGAGCUGCAUGGCUGACUACGGGGCUCCUGUCUUCCCUUUCCUUGCAGUAGGGGGGUACAAAGGGAAGGACUAUUCCGAGGCAGAAGCCCUGAUCAUGACCUUCUCUCUCAACAACUACCCACCUGGGGACCCCCGGCUGGCCCAGGCCAAGCUCUGGGAGUCGAGCUUCCUGGAGGAGAUGCGAGCCUUCAAGCUGCGAAUGGCUGGCACCUUCCAGGUCACCUACAUGGCAGAGCGCUCCCUGGAAGAUGAGAUCAACCGCACCACAGGGGAGGACCUGCCCAUCUUUGCCAUCAGCUACAUCGUCAUCUUCCUGUACAUCGCCCUGGCCCUGGGCAGCUACUCCAGCUGUCGCCGAAUGCUGGUGGACUCCAAGGCCACGCUGGGCCUGGGGGGGAUAGCAGUGGUGCUGGGAGCAGUCAUGUCUGCCAUGGGCUUCUUCUCCUACAUUGGGGUCCCCUCUUCUCUGGUCAUCCUCCAAGUCGUGCCUUUCCUGGUGCUCGCUGUGGGGGCUGACAACAUCUUCAUCUUCGUUCUCGAGUACCAGAGGCUGCCGAGGGAGCCCGGGGAACGCCGAGAAGCACACAUUGGCCGCACCCUAGGCCAUGUGGGUCCCAGCAUGCUGCUGUGCAGCCUCUCGGAGGCCAUCUGCUUCUUCUUAGGGGCCCUGACUCCUAUGCCAGCCGUGCGAACCUUCGCCCUGACCUCUGGCCUCGCGGUGGUGCUUGACUUCUUGCUGCAGAUGUCUGCCUUCGUGGCCCUGCUUUCCCUCGACAGCAGGAGACAGGAGGCCUCUCGCCUCGACAUCUGCUGCUGCGUUAGGACCCCACAGCCUUCUCUAUCAAGCCCCCGGGAGGGGUUCCUGCUGCGGUUUUUCCGCCACGUCUACACACCAGUCCUGCUGCACAAAGUCACCCGUGGGGUCGUGGUGAUACUGUUCCUGGCCCUCUUCGGGGUGGGGCUCUACUUCAUGUGCCACAUCAGUGUGGGCCUCGACCAGGAACUGGCCCUGCCCAAGGACUCAUACCUGCUCGACUAUUUCCUCUUUCUGAACCGGUACUUUGAGGUGGGAGCCCCCGUCUACUUUGUCACCACGGCGGGCUAUAACUUCUCCAGCGAGGCCGGCUUGAACGGCAUCUGCUCCAGCGCAGGCUGUGACAGCUACUCCUUAACCCAGAAGAUCCAGUACGCCACUGAGUUCCCUGAGGAGUCUUACCUGGCCAUACCUGCCUCUUCCUGGGUGGACGACUUCAUCGACUGGCUGGCCCCCUCCUCUUGCUGCCGCCUCUAUGCUUUUGGCCCCAACGUGGGUCAAUUCUGUCCUUCGACUAUCAGUUCCUUGAGUUGCUCUAAGAAUUGCGUGAGCCGCACUCCGGGCCCCGUCCGCCCAUCAGUGGAACAGUUCCACAAGUACCUCCCGUGGUUCCUGAAUGACCCGCCCAACAUCAAGUGUCCCAAAGGGGGCCUGGCAGCUUACAGCACCUCUGUGAACCUGAGCCAGGAUGGUGAGAUUUUGGCCUCUCGGUUCAUGGCGUACCACAAGACCCUGAAGAACUCACAGGACUUCACAGAAGCUCUGCGGGCAGCUCGAGCCUUAGCAGCCAACAUCACUGCCAGUCUGCGGAAGGUCCCAGGGACAGACCCAGCCUUUGAAGUCUUCCCCUAUACGAUCACAAACGUGUUUUACGAGCAGUAUCUGACAGUCAUCCCCGAGGGGCUCUUCAUGCUGACCCUCUGCCUCAUGCCCACCUUUGUCGUCUGCUGCCUUCUGCUGGGCAUGGACCUCCGUUCUGGCCUCCUCAACCUCUUCUCUAUCAUCAUGAUCCUUGUGGACACUGUUGGCUUCAUGGCGCUUUGGGACAUCAGCUACAAUGCUGUGUCCCUCAUCAACCUGGUCACGGCAGUGGGUAUCUCGGUGGAAUUUGUGUCCCACAUCACUCGCUCCUUUGCCAUCAGCACCAAGCCCACCCGCCUGGAGAGGGCUGAGGAAGCCACCAUUAACAUGGGCAGUGCGGUCUUUGCUGGUGUGGCCAUGACCAACCUGCCUGGCAUCCUGGUCCUGGGUCUUGCCAAGGCCCAGCUCAUCCAGAUCUUCUUCUUCCGCCUCAACCUGCUCAUCACCCUCCUGGGCUUGCUGCAUGGCCUCGUCUUCCUGCCUGUGGUCCUCAGCUAUCUGGGGCCGGACGUUAACCAGGCUGUGGUGAUGGAGCAAGAAAAGGCAAAGGUGGAUGCUAUGGCGAGGGAGGUCAUGGCCAAGAAAGAUCCCUGCCCCAAACAUCCUUCCCUGACCCACACGACCAGCAAUCUCUAUGUGAACAAGGGCUUUGAAGAUGACGCCAAGAGUGCUACUGAUGUGCCCCACAAUGGGAAGGUGCUUUGACAGGGCCCUGUCUGGCAUGCCUGUGGUUAUGGUUUGAGGGUGCUGACUGGAGGGGCUGUGGGUUCCCCUGUGGCAAUCCAUUGACCUUUCCUUAUUGGGACCUCAGAGUGCUGUGCCCUUGAGAAAGCCCACAGCUCAAUUUGUGUGGUUGUACCUGAUGUAAUUAUCCUCUGUUUUGUGAAGAGGACAGGACUAAACUACUCUUACUCAUGUCCACCUUUCCUCAUGCCACACCCUUCCUUAGUUCACACCCUUCCUUGAGACACCUCUUGUCCUUACCAAAGCUAAAAGGAAAGAGAAGUGAGCAGAGAUGGAGGGGUCUCACUAGGGCCAAGAAAGAAGAGUCAGCUGUGGAGU